AUGGGUGACCUUUAUAUGGACGAGUUUGGAGAAAAUUUCGGAAUUGAUGAAUUUGCAGAAGAGGAGGAGGAUUUCGCAGAUUUCGAAGAGUACGACCAACGUAGAGUCUCAGAUGUCGAUAUCAUCACUGACCCAACUGAAUUUAAAACUCAAGUUGAUAGUGCUCACAGAAUCACAAGCCCAUAUUUGACAAAAUAUGAAAAGGCUAGAAUAAUAGGUACGAGGGCACUUCAAAUAAGCCUAAACGCACCAAUCACUAUACCUAUCGAUGGCCCCUCAGAAGCCAAUGAUGACGGCUUCACAACACUGGGUGACUUUGGAGAUACCCAGACGACAGCAAUUGACCCCUUAAUCAUAGCUGAGAAGGAACUAUACCAAAAGACAGUGCCUUUUAUAGUAAGAAGAUACCUACCAAACGGAAGCUACGAGGACUGGAAAAUCGAUGAACUUAUCAUCGAUUAA